GCCGGGGACUCGGCCGGGACCCGGGCCCGGAUCCGAGGGUAAGAUGAGCACGUGCCGUUGGUGCACCCCAAGAGGCCAGACAACCGUCCAGUUUUUACUCCAGUAUUGUUCGGGUGAGCUCUCCUCACAAGAAGUGAAAGCAGCCAAUGAAGAUCUCUGCUACUGCUUGGAGUGUGUGGUGGAAUAUCAUCAAGCACGCGAUGAAGUCCAUGCAAAACACAAGGCUCUGUGCAAACUGGAGACCAAGCGUUUGAUUGACCAUUUUGAAAAUGCUUUAAAGGCCGAACUGGAGGAUGACGAGUUGUUUUUGAUUGAAAACGAGCAAGAGAUUCAGCUCUGUGGCUACACGGGGCCCGACUUAGAGAACAACCUGCGGGUCCCCAUCCUGGAGAUUCUCAAGUACCCAUACCUGCUGUUGGACGAAGGCCUCAGUCAACUAUGCAUUGAGGCUCUUACAAAAAUGGAGAAGGUGAAUUUCUCCUUCCAGGCAUUUGAUAAACAUCCUGGGAUCUACCUACUGCUGGUGCAUCCUAAUGAAACGGUUAGGAAAUGGGCGAUCCUGACUGCCAGGUCUCUGGGGAAGGUGGAGCGAGAUGAUUUCUAUGACCUACAGGAAGUGAUCACCUGCCUACUCAGGGUCAUUGAGCUGGAUCUCUUUGAGAAUUCUGAUAUCUACAACUCUGUUGACACAGAAACUACCUUGAUUCUCCUGCCACCCCAUCUAUAUGACAUAACCAACCACAAGAACUACUGGCUUGGUAUCUGCAUGCUGUUUAUGGUGCUGGAUGAGCAAGCGAUGGACUCGCUGCUCCUUGCCCAAGACAAGCAGAACGACUUUAUGAACUCCAUCCUGAACACCAUGAAGAAAAGCGAAGAGGACGACACUUCUGAUCCAUUCUGGCCGGCCUUGCAGUGCUUCAUGGUAAUCCUCGAUCGACUUGGAUCAAAGGUGUGGGGUCAACUCAUUGACCCAAUGGAGGCAUUCCAGACCAUUACCGGCAGCCAUAGCUACAACAAGGAGAUCGAAAACAUUCGUAACAAUGUGAGUAGCAAAAGAAUAAAGAGCGAUUUGGAUGAUGGUGAUGGUGAUUAUGAUGACAACUUGGUUUCGUGCAGCCAGAUUGUUUAUGACUACAAUACCAAAAGGCAAAACAAGGAUACUGGAUGGAAGAAUGCAAUAUGCCCGGAUUAUUAUCCAAAUAUGUACGAUGAAAUGCAAACUCUGGUGCACGUGCUUCAGUGUGAUAUCGGGCAGGACAUGCGAGUCCACAACAGUACCUUCCUCUGGUUCAUCCCCUUCGUCAAUUCUGUUAUGGACUUGAAGAACCUGGGCGUGGUGUACAUUGGGGAGGUGGUGCACCAUAUCCACUCCGAGAUCAAGGACGUCUUGGACCGCAAGGUCAACUCCUGUGACAAAGUGGCCGGCUUUUUCAUUCUGAUCAUGGUGUGCAUCGUGGAGCUGCACAGGAACAAGAAGAACUUGCACAUGCUGUGGUACAGUUCGCAGAAAUGGGUGGACAUGCUGGUGAAGUGCGCCAACCUCCCCGCCUGGGUGUUCAACCAGAACAAAGAGAAAGCGGGGACGCCGGGCAACUGCAGGAUUACGUCCACCUCGCUGGCCGCCAAGUCCUCGGGAGUUUGUUCCUCCGUCACCAACUCCGUCCAGCAAGCUUGCGUCCAGCUGGUUCGGUGUUUCCUGAGGGAGGGCUGCCAGUCUCAGCAGAGAGGCACGUCACAACAAUUCCUGGAUAAACUGAACCUGCAGCUAAGGAACACUUUCAUCCUGGGCUGGCAACUGAGCCACAAAGAACAGCAGGAACUAAAGACCUGCUUGAUAGAAAUAGUCAAACUGGCAAAAAAUCAAGUGUCUGAAGUGAAGCAACCGAGCAGAGUUGGUAGAGGAGGCGUCCUACCUUGCUCUCUGAUUAAGCAAGAGAAAGUGGAACGGUCGGUGUGUGAGAGGAUAACAGAGUACUGUAACAGUGGUCCUGAACCACCAGAUAGUGCAGUAUCCCGAAGUAUCACCUUUCAGUCAAAUGUUGUCCAAGAAAAGCCAGUGAAUUCUAGGAGCGUAGAAAAUCUUUGUGAGGUUCCGGGGGCGUCAGAGUCGUCUGUCGAACCAGCCAUGACCCCCGUCCACUCGUGUGAUAGCAGUACAUUCCCUCAGGAGACCAGCUCUGCUAAAGUUAGUUUUGAUAUAGUUACGGAUGACGAAUUGCGUGAAAUGUUUAAGGAAACCUCUGAUCCCGUCAGAAAGGAGUCUCUGGGGGAUCCCCACAGCAAAUACAAGCCAGCAGCGGAACAUACGGACUCAUCCACGCGGGGCUCUGGUCCUAUUUCUCACCCUGAAGAUAAUGGCCAAAUAAAACCACUUCCCUCAACUGACGGCGCUGAGCCAAUGCGAGAGAGCACGUGGCGUCUUGUCUCUACAAAAAUUGAAGAUGACCAUGUUGGUGCCAAGGUUCCUACGCUGUGUAAUUCCGCACAGGUCAUCCCGGAGUCGCCUCACAAAGCCAAUGUGCCUUGCGCUAAGCCUGAAAAAAGCAACAUGUUUAAGUUGGAUCGAGCCCGACUGUUGCAUCUGAAUAACAAGAUGAAGAUCUUCAAUCGCAAGACAAAGAUGGAUAAAGAAGAAGCAAGCUCCCCUCGUAAAGAAAGCACGGACACGGAUUGUGCAAACUCAAGGGUUGGUCGUGGGCAAUCAGGUGGCGAGCUGAGUGAUUGGGAUUCCAACCUGAAGCCCAAGGAACCUAUCCGAGGUGGGGACUGUACACCAGAUACGUCGAUGCCUCAUCAGGAACAAACACUGGCUUCAGUUUCUGCCGAUAGACGCAAGUCACCAAAUUCAGAUGGUACAUUGUCUUCAAAAGGCACAACAGAUCCUCACAGUCCAAAAACUUCUUGUGCCUCGCCAAAGCCAGGUCAGUGCAGUCCUAGCAGGUUGGAUGAUGAUGAUGAUGAUGACAGUGACAUCCCAUUUGAUGCAUUAAGGAUUAAGCUGAAGAAAAGGCACAAUGUUGAUGUCUGCUUACUAACUAAUUCUGAGAUCAAUCGGGAUCUUACUCGGCUCUCGCUGGCAGCUUCCUCCAAGUGCGCUAAUUUCUCUGACGGUUUGACCCAGGAGUCUUGUGUUAUGCAGUUUCCAGAGACGAUUAAUAGGAAAGUUAAAGGUUCCUUUUGUGUGCAAAAGGGAGAAAUCCCCAAGUCUAGUUCAUUUGUUCAUGACUUGACUACCAACGAGAACAGAAGAAUAAUUGUUGCUGAUUCACACUCGCCAAACCUGAAGGGCAGCACAGUAAAACUUGAGGCAUGUGAUGCAAAGAAUCCAGAUGGUAUUGGAGAUUCAAUCCCGGGCACCACACAUUCUGAAGGAAAUAAAGCCUCAAACCACGGUACCUCUGACACCACAUUCAGCAAACAUGUAAGUCAUCCGAAGGAAAGCGUUGUAUUUGAGGAAGACGAUUCGCAGUUUUUCGAGUUUGAAACUGAAGAAGAAAUCUAUUCUGUUUGGGAAGACACUCAGCCACAGGAAGGGCAAGCCACGGUGGCCAAAGUGACGGUGGUGGAACCUUCUAGUACCACCUAUCAUCAGCCAGGGUACAGCGACGUAGACCUGGACAUACUGAACGAGUGGGGCUACGAUACCGAUUAUGCAACUGAUGAAAUGAUUGAGAAGGUGGCCAGCAGGGCAGAACUUCACCUGGAGCAACCACAACCAGUGCUGAGGAUGAGCAGUUCCUCUUCUGGGAGUACAACCGAUGAAGAAGACUCGGAUGAAUCUCACGUCAACAAGAGCGAGGCUUCACAUGCGGUGUCCGCUUUCUACUCCGCAUCUGACCUUCUGAAAGGAAAACAUAGAGAAAAAAACAUCUUAACUAGCGACCCGAACAGAAAAGGUUUCCUACUUCCAGGCGAAAAUAAGCAGAAACUUGUGUCUGCAAAUACAGGAGCACCCAAGGGUCAGUUGGCAAAAAAACUGCCUGUGAAGCAGGCGACGGGUGAAAGUAGGAAGUCUGAUACGUUUAGUUUACCACUUUCCAAAGCAAAAGAGAAAAGCUCAUUACAGGUCAAGGCAAGAGACAAGUACUCAACACAGGCCAGCCCAAGAAAAGACUUAAGCAAGUUCAGCCCAAGCGAGAAGAAGGCAAACUCGAGUGCUCACUCGAGGAAGGGUGCGGGAAAUGUUUGCCCAAGUAGUAAUGCACGUCACUCUAGCCUGGAGGGAAAAAGCUCUGGAGGAUCGUUCACAACUGGCUUCAAAUCCCCUUCCAAGGACCUACAGACGGACAAACCGUCAGACAAACCUCCUUUGAGUUUACAACAGAAAAAGGUCCGUAAACGGCCUGAACCAACAUCAUUGGUUGAGAAACUGGGGCUCAAGAAGAAGACCCGCAAAGCCUUUGAUCUCUCCCAGGGCAGUCUUGAUAGCUUGAACGAACUGCGUAAUUACGGUCAAGCGAAGGGCACCAUUGAGCAUACCCGAAGCAAGAAGACCAAGCUGAUUUCACCUCAGAAAUUGACCACCUGUAAAAAUCUACGGCUGUUAGCUUCUCAAGAUCGCCAGUACUUGAGACAGGCUAAACACUCGAGCACACUGAAAAAGAGGAAGGAGACGAAGAAAGGCACAGUUUCACACCCUCGGUCUUCCCAGCUGUUGCCCACAGAAGAAGCAGGACGUGGCAGUUCUUUCUCAUUCUCUAGCAUGUCAGAGAAUCACAGUGGCCAUUUUACGUCUAGGGAAAAGCACAGUAAUCCAACUAUGGCCAUCACAGUUUCUGUAGAGUUCCGCAGUGUAGGAAGCCAGACGGGGCCUGCACCAAGGAACCUAUAUUGCAUGAUUGGAGAUGAGGAUAACGACCAUCAUGACUUCAACUUAACCCAGCACGAUCCUGUCGAUAAGGACUUGGACAAUGAAAAUCAGGAAGACGUUGAUGCAUUCAACUUGACCCAGAGAGAUCCUGUAGAUAUGGACCUGGAUAGUGAAGAUGCCAAAGAAGAAGGCGACCAUGGCAAUUCAAAAGAGGAGGCUGGCUGUCAGCAGCUAGAACAUGCAGAUCCAUCUGUUAACGCAGAGAUCUUAAAGAAGAAACAGCCACCCCUACCCGGACCGAAAUCUGACGUAGUAUUCGCCACGCCAGCGUUGCCUGUCUCUCUCUCAAAGAGUUCCAGAGCUACAACCUCCAAGCGGUUUGCCUCCAGCUCCACCUCCCGAAAUGCUCAGCUUGCUUCCGAAAUGGAGAUGCUACCGAAUUGUAAGAUUAAACAAGUCGGUAAGCCUCUGCUACCAAAACCAGCUGAGUCGAAGCUUCUGGUGUCCAGACCCUUUCCAUUCCCCAAACCCGUCCCCACGACCAACAUCCUUCGAGCACUGAAAGGGGUAAACGCCAUGGCAUCGGCCAGCCCCCCGGCAAUGCCCACUAGGACUCCUCCCAGCUACGCUGCUCAGCCCCACGUAAGGUUCAAGCCACUGCGGGAUCCGCUCUGCCUCAAAGUGGACCUGGCCGACCGGCAAAACCGAGACGCCUCGUACUUGAUCAAGGAUGUCCUGAAGUGGACCUAUCAGAUGUUUGACUCGCUCAGCCAGUUCGGACCUCCUGAUUGCCUGUGUGAGUUUGCGCCCAGAGAGGUGCCCCAGAAGUUUAGUUCAUACGAAGAGUAUUUCCGUGUCUACUACCCCUUAAUGAUGCUCAACACGUUUGAACAGCUCGCUAAAGAGUGGACAGAAUCCAGACAGUCACACAGACUGAUCCAGAACUCCCUCACCCUGAAGAACCACUGGGUGCAGGAGCAAAUAUAUCGCGCAGAGUUUCAAGUUUCAUUACAUGACACCAACUUCAAUAAACAUCAGCAACCCAAGGAAGAUGAUGUUGUGUUUCUCUGGCUGCUCCAGAGUCACAUUCCAUACUUGCAAGAUGAGAUGGUCGAUGGCACUCCUGAGGUUCACCUCGGCCAUAUCUCAAGGGCAUCUUAUUCUUCAGAUGGGCGAGGAUCUACACUACACCUCUCUGUCCAGACACGUGGGAACGUCAGCGCAGUGAAAAGCCAGCCCAUCAAGUGUGAAGUCAUCGGCUCCCUUGUGACUACCAUCCGACAGUUUAAGGCCCUGCUCUUUCUGCACAAGACUCCUCUGGCUCUGCCUGUCAUCUCAAUCAGUUCCCCAUUCUUUACGCAGAGAGACUUGGUGGACGAUGCAAAGUGGAGCUCCGCUAAUGAGUACAAUGAGUUUCAGCAGAGAGCCAUCAACGUAGCAUACACCAUGGUUAAACAACAUUCCCGAAUUCCCAAGAUCUGCCUCAUUCAGGGGCCCCCGGGCACAGGGAAAUCUAAGACCAUUGUGGGUUUCCUGCAUCGUUUGCUGAAUGAGGAAGAAGAGAAUGUUGAACCUGUGAUGAGCAGGAACCCCAGGACUAAACGUACCAGGAUCCUUGUGUGCGCUCCAUCAAACGCAGCCAUUGACGACCUCAUGAAGAAAAUCAUCCUCGAUUUCAAGUCCAAAUCCAAAGACAAGAACAAUUGCUUGGGAAACUGCGGGGACGUCAACCUGGUGCGGCUGGGUCUUGAAAAAUCCAUCUCAUCUGACGUAGUGAAAUUCAGUCUGGAUUACCAAGUAGACUACAAAAUUAAGAAGAACCAGCCUGGUGUGGAUCAGCAGAUUCAGUGGCGCAAACAAUAUCUAGACAAGCGGCUGGACGAGCUGGGGAGGCAAUGUGCCAUCAUGAAAAAACACAGAGAGCAGAUUGUGAAGUUAACUGAGGAGAGGAGGAAAUUGGACAUGGAGAGACAGAAGCUUGGUCGCACUAUGAAGGAGCAUCACCGUCAAAUGCAGGACGUGCAGCUGAACAUUAUCCUGGAGUCACACAUCAUCUGCUGCACCCUGAGCACCAGCGGGGGCGGGCUGCUGGAAAUGGCGUUCCGCAAACUGGGACACGAGCCCUUCAGUUGCGUUGUCGUGGAUGAGGCAGGGCAGUCAUGUGAAAGUGAAACAUUGAUUCCUCUCGUAUAUCGAUGCCCGAAACUCAUCCUGCUGGGAGACCCCGAACAGCUGCCACCAACCAUCAUCUCCAUGAAAGCGCGGGGGUUUGGCUACGGGCGAUCGAUGAUGCAGCGGCUACAGAAGGGUCUGUACGAUGAUGUGAAGCAGAGUGGUGUCCGGCAGCAGCCACAUGUGCUGGAGCUGCUCACGCAGUACCGCAUGCAUCCUGACAUCUGCCUGUUCCCCUCCAAGCACAUCUACGGAGGCAAGCUAAAAACCAACAAAACCGUGGAGAUGCAACGGUGUUCUCUCAGUUGGCCUUUUGAGCCAUACAUGCUGUUCGAUGUGAUCGAUGGUUGUGAAAUCCGCAAGAAAGGUUCUUUCAGCAACCUACAGGAGGUGAAGCUGGUGAUAGCUUUGAUCACUCUGAUUGCUGAGCAGCAGAAAGGCAAAUGUAAUAAUAUUGCAGUGAUCACCCCGUACAAUGCCCAAAAACAGGAGAUUCAGAAUCAGAUUGAGCAAGCCUGCAGGAAAGGCUUGGACCAGGGCAGGGCGAUACAAGUGGGGACAGUGGAUGGCUUCCAAGGCUGUGAGAAGGAUUGUAUCAUCGUCACCUGUGUCCGAGCCAACAACCAGCAAGCCAAUAUAGGGUUCCUGGCCGAUCGACAGCGACUGAAUGUUACCAUCACUCGAGCCCGCUUCAGUCUUUUCAUUCUGGGGCACCUGAAAACACUGACGGACAGUAAAGACUGGAACGCUUUGAUUCAGGAUGCCCAAAGGAGAGGGGCCAUCGUAAAGACAUGUGAGAGCGACUACAGGAAAGACUGCAGGAAAGUCAUGAAACCUAGGCCAGCUUUCCAACGAGCCCUUUCAGUUCAGGGCACGGGGGACAGAAAGGCUGUCCCUGAGCUAUUGCGGAGAGCGAGCAUUCCCAUGAGCUGUGAGUCAACCAAGAGAGUUGAGCAAACGCUGAAACCACCAGCCCCUUCUCUACCGGUGGAUACAGUACACCCCCAACCUGGUCCUGCUCAGAAGCCGGCUGACGAUCGCCCGAGGGACCCGCGGCUGGCCCGGAAACUAGGAGCUCAGACCAAGGACGUGGGGCCACAGCUGGAAGAGGCCUCGACUCGAUGGCCAAAUCCACCAGACGCACACACGCCCCUGGCCAGCAGGGGGCAGCGCGUUCCUCGUCCGUCGCUCCCUGGGGCUUCUUGCCAGGCGGCCGUUGGCAGGAGAAACGAGACUUCCUCCUCCCUUGCCUCCAGGAGCUGUGCGUCCGCUUUCGGUAACAAUCGGGACAACAGAGACAGACACCGACACUCACACUCGGCCAGGCCCCAGACACAGGGGCAGGAGGCAAAGAGGAGAAGGGAUGACAGCAGUGCGGGGGAGCAAGGUUACAGCGAAAUGAAGCGGAAACGGAAAUGAGAAAAAUAAGAUCUGAGCAAAACAGUUUUUCUGAAGCGGUGGAGGUUUACCAAGCGGUGACUGCGCUGGUAACAGGACGUUUUCGCCAAACCGGGGGGGGAGAAGUGGGUAAUGGACAAAUCCUACUGUGAGAUGUUGGUGGCUGAGGUGAGCCUGGCACAGCUCUGCGUGGCUUCACCCGAAGGAUAGUUUUUGUUCUCGUUUAUUUACACUUUCAUCGAUGGCGUUUUCCCCUUGAACGCUCUGAGACGCUACCCUGUGUGGAGGGCCCUGUGGAAGUGCAAGUUGUUGUUGUUGUUCCCCUUCUCUGGCCGCACAUGUGUCUUAAACCCAAGUGCCUCGGGCCUGGGUUGCACUGAGGCGUCUAGUGAUUUUGGUACAAACCCAGCUUGCACUUUGUCUUCUAACAUUUCACUUUUAUAAACUCAGAAUGAAGAGAUUUUUUUAUACAUCCACAUACAUAUCAGGGAAGUUUAUCUUUUUCGCGAUAAGUCUUGAUCUUCCAUUUUCUCUGUGACGGUUUACCACUAGCACUUCCCAGCUUUUCCACUGAUUUUUUUUGCUCCUGUUCCUUUGUUUUCUCUACUCUUAGAACUUUUGAGCUUGUUUGCAUUUGUUCGACCUUGGAAGAGGAGGAGGGAGCAGGCGUCUCAGCUCUUCGAGUCUGUUCCAAGCUGCGUCCAAUCUUUGGGCGUGGGCUUGUGUUUUGAUGUAUUGUGUGGUUUCCAGUUACACAAUAUAAUUGCCUUUAAUUGAUCACCAAGAUGCAUUUUUUUCCUAUAUACAAACUAGCAGGAAAGUAUCCGCUGAUUUGGAUUUUUUUUCCACUCUAUUUUUCAAAUAGUUUAUUUUAUUUUGUCAAACAGUGAGGAAAUGACCACACCGUCACUGUGUUUAAGCGUGGCUGGAUGUUCACAGUUCCUGUGAGAGUCCUGUGCUGGAGUUUUGUGGUGGUGGUGUUGGUUGGGCGGUGGGAGGUCAGGUUUUAACCGUUCUCACUCCUGAAAUAAAUUUGAAACUCGACUUCAAUUGUGAGCAGAUUGUAAAUGUGGAGGGCGACAGACAUUAACUCUGUCAGCUACCUCCAGGUUAGCCUUUCCUCUAUGCUCACUGGAGUUGGCUGUACAUGUUGGGACUUUUUCUAAACGCUGCAGCUGGAAAACUUUUUACUAGGAGAAUGAAACAGUGAGCGUUGCCAACAGAUGAGACCAAAUGCAUUUCGAUGCAAUUUCCAGCUAAACCAUCAAACAUUCCCCCAACCAAACAACCACAUUCCUUGACUGUAAAAUCUUGUUCCUUAAUGCUACCUUCCAAACCCAAUCCCAUUCCCUAAUUCUACACUCCCCCAAUGCCUGCAGUAUAAGCUUUUUGAUGGAUCAGUGUUGUGUUCAGUCACUGCUCCGUGCCAACUUGUAAACUUUGAGGGUCAGUUAUUGCUGGUGUAUAGUGUGAGUUACCUGAUCUCACUGAUACAGUCGCUGGGAUGAUAAAUCACAACUGUUCGUCGGACGUCCUCCUGACAUGAAUGGCGCUGUGCAAAUAUAAUUUGUCGUGGUCCACUGUUUCCUGUUGAAACCAUGUGUGUAGAAGUUAAAGCAGGACUGAGCUGCAGGGUGGGGCAGUCCUAGACUGGAGGGGCAGUGGAGAACAAUUUAUCAGUCACGUUCUCAUGAGUUGCAUAUGAUGUGGUCACACACACACCCGCACGCGCACACGUGUGUGUGUUUUUCACGUUUGUCGCAUUUCCCAACGAUCAAAAUAAUUUUACAAGGAAAGACGGCCGGCAACUCGAAAGCUUUAAAACAUUUAAUUUGAGAACAAAAGAUUCUGUCAAUUAGGUCAACCGGAACAAUCUGUCUGCUUUACUUUGGUCUCAUGCGGUGUUUGGUGGGUGAACGACCCCCUGCGCCACAUGAUGGUUGUCUGAGAUUAUGUAAAUAUAAGGUGCCGCCUCAGGUGUUGGUUGACAGCACAGUUUCAACCAAGAACAGAGACUCCACUUUGCCUUGUUGUCCCAAAUCGCACCUUUGCACUAGUGGAGCAGAGUAAGUUUUCAAUCUCUGGAUUAUUUCCUGUGUUGUACAUAUGUUUCUUAAUGUUGAUAUGUAAAUACAAUAGUCUUGGAUAAAGUAUAAAAGACUUGAGAUACCUUGGA